UCACCAACAGCCCUUGAAAAUCCAAGUUACACAUCACAAACAUCUCUUAGAAGAAACACUGAAACAUUUGCGCAAGCAUCACAGAUACAUGGAGCUACUAAGAGUAACAAACGACCUGCACUCGAUGGUCUCUUUGACACUCUCCAAAAAAGAUGCAAGACUAGUGAACUAGGAAACUAUGUAUUAUCUAAUGCUAAAGUAUCAAAGUACAUAAGUGAAAAAAAGCAGAAACAGGGACGUGAAGCCUUUCAAAAUUCUAGGGAUAAUAUAUUAAGAAGCAUAGCUACAUACUAUACUGGUGGUGUAAUGGGCAAACGUAAAUACCAGGCUGUUAGAGUGGCAUCCACUAUGAAGUAUGGUGGAAAGAAGCGAGGUGGGAAAACAGCCAUUACAUUCAUGCCAAAGUGUCCCAUACCAAAGUUGCUCACACAUAGUUCCCUCAUGAACGAAGUAAAUAAAAUUGAUAUUGGGACAAUCUAUUCAAUCAGGGAUGAAUUUGCUCCAUACAUAGAGGAUGAAAACACCAGUGGAUGCUAUAGAGAUUUAAGGGAAUAUCUACCUAGAUUGGCAAGAUUUUAUUUAAAAGUGCAAAAUUCACGCAAAGACAGCUUGAAAUGGUUCGGCGAGACUGAAGGUACUUUCCUAAUAGCAUUCGGAAGGGAUGGGUGCCCUCUCGGUAAGAAUGAGACUGCCUGCUCAUUCCUGAUCAGCUUUUUAAAUACAGAAAAAAGGGUAGCCUCCAGUUCUGACAACUUUUUGAUAUUUGGGGCUAAUUGUGAGGAAUCUUCACUGGUGGUCAAAAAGUAUGUUCAAGCAGCAUGUAAACAAAUAGUAAACUUGGAGGAAAAGGUGUUUAAAAUAAAUGAUUUGCAUGUAACAUUUAGGUUUAAAGAGCUACCCAAUGAUAUGAAGAUGCUGGCUAUGCUUUACUGGGAGCUUUCUAAUGCAGCAACCUACUUUUCUUCAUUUGGUAAUGAAAGCAAAAAUGAUUACACUGACUUGCAAGGAAGCUUUGGAAGUGAUGCUUCAUGUAGGGGAAGCCAUGGCCUUUUCAACAAAGGGUUAAGGUAG